AUGUCAAGAGCUAUAUCCUCUACCAAGGUGGUCAUCGAUGAACAGGUCAUCCCUGCCACGAUAAUCUUCUCUCUUCACAAUGGUAAAAUAAUUGAGAUAAUCAACAAGGUCCUAUCUCCGACGGACCCGCUACUCCAGGCGUACAAUGUUUUACCCUCAGACUAUCGAAAUCUGACACCCUUGGUGAUCUUGCCCGGACUGGUCGAUGCCCACGUACAUCUGAACGAGCCAGGAAGGACGGAGUGGGAAGGCUUUGCAACAGGGACGCAGUCGGCUGCUUCGGGAGGUGUGACUACCGUGGUAGAUAUGCCUUUGAAUGCGAUCCCACCCACCACAACCGUGUUGAACCUGAAUCUGAAGAUCGCAGCGGCACAGGGCCAGUGUUGGUGCGACGUAGGUUUCUGGGGUGGUCUCGUACCCGACAAUAUAGAGGAUUUGGUGCCUCUGGUUCAUGCCGGUGUUCGUGGCUUCAAAGGAUUCCUGCUUGAUUCGGGUGUGGAAGAGUUUCCGGCCAUCACGAUCGGAUACAUUGAAAAAGCCAUGGAGAAGGUCUCGGGUCUGCACACGAUAUUGAUGUUCCACGAUGAGAUGCAGCCAUGUGCCUCAAUUUCUUCUCCAAAAGGAGCCGAUAGGAUUCAAAACGUUGACAGCGUAACUGGUGAUUCCGAUUCCAGCUCCGUUUCGUUGGAAUCUGGAUUCAGCUCCGGAACCAAGCUGACCACCCCUGCUUCUACAAAUGUAUCCAAUACCCCAAAAUCUUGCUCAGAUCUACUUCACGAUGACAUUGAAAAGUUAGACCUAGGAAUGUCACAGUCCUUUAUUAAACGGGCUCCCGCUCCAGUCAAAGAUCUUCUUAGAAAGGCCGUGCAGCCAAGCGCCAAGGAAGAAGAUCAUUCUCAUUGCAAGCUCCCCCAUGUCCACGCUCGUUCAAUCAAUCAUUCGGUAUUGACAGAUUCACAGGCCAAAGCUCUGGCUAAAUCGCCUUACCUGGCUUCGUCAGAGCCAAUCUAUGGCCGUGCCGCAAGGUUGGCCAAGUCUCCAGAACUCAAACCAUUCACCAACGAAUACUAUCAGGAACGUGAACGAGAACUAGAGUUAGAGAGGAAAGCCCGUCACGGUCAAUUCGUCAUAUACGAUGAAGAUUCAGACGAGUACAAUGCGAAAUCCCCAUUAGCAAUUGCAGCAGUUGAAGACUCUGUGCUGGAGACUGUCGAUUCCAGAGCAUACGCUUCGUUUUUGGCAUCCAGACCAGACUCUUUUGAAACUACCGCAAUUGGAGAGAUCAUCGCUUGCGCUCAAAAGAACCCCACAGUUCCUUUACAUAUUGUCCAUCUGGCAACCCAUGAGGCCGUUCCACUGUUACGUGCUGCCAUUGAAGAUGGAUUGAAAAUAACCGCUGAAACCUGCUUCCAUUACUUAAUGUUUGCCGCCGAGAACAUUCCCGAUGGUCACACUGAGUUCAAGUGCUGUCCACCUAUUAGAACAGAAUCCAACAGACAGCUUCUUUGGCAGGCUUUACGCAAGAACGUCAUUACCACCGUAGUUUCGGAUCAUUCUCCUUGCACGCCGGACUUGAAAGACCUAGGUAAUGGUGACUUCUUUGCUGCCUGGGGAGGAAUUGCAUCGGUCGGUUUAGGAUUACCUAUCUUGUGGACAGAAGGUCGCAAACUGGAUGAGCCUAUUUCCUUCACAGAAAUUGCGAAAUGGACUUCGCUGAACACUGCCAAGCAGGCUGGAUUACAUCAUCGCAAGGGUCGCAUAGCUGUUGGUUAUGAUGCUGAUUUUGCUGUUUUCGAUCCUGAUAUUGAGUAUACUGUGGAGACUGCGAAAACUUUCUUCAAAAACAAACUCACAGCCUACAAUGGUGUCAAUUUUAGCGGCAGAGUUGUGGAGACAAUUCUUAGGGGUAACUCGGUCUACGCUCUUGGUAAGGGGGUAUCUACCAUCCCAAUGGGAGAUUUGCUUUUGGAACCAAGAUUCCAUUGA